AACACUUGUGAUUCUCUUGUCCUAUGUGGUCUCCAUCUUAAGAAUCUGCAGUGCAGUUGACACCAUAACUGUAAAUCAAAUGAUUCAAGAUGGAGAGACCAUAACUUCAGCUGGUGGGAGCUUUGAAUUGGGCUUCUUCAGCAGGCCGGCUAAUUCGACCAAACGGUACUUGGGGAUAUGGUACAAGAAGGUGGCUACUGGGACUGUGGCAUGGGUUGCCAACAGAGAACUCCCACUCAAUGAUACAUCCGGAGUUUUGAAGGUCACCGAUCAGGGAAAGCUUGUCCUUCUCAAUGGUACCAAUACCAUCAUUUGGUCUUCUAAUUCAUCACGAUCUGCUCAGAAUCCAAAUGCUCAACUCUUGGAGUCCGGAAAUCUAGUUAUGAAAAAUGGAAAUGACAGUGACCCGGAAAACUUCCUCUGGCAAAGCUUUGAUCAUCCAAGCAGUACUCUUCUACCAGGUAUGAAGCUAGGAAGGAACAUAAUAACAGGCCUGGAUCGGCGUCUAUCAUCGUGGAAGAGCACUGAUGAGCCUUCUAGAGGUAAUUUUACAUACCGUCUUGAUCCAAAUGGGUUUCCACAGCUAAUUGUGAUGCAAGGGUCAGAUGUGACAUUUCGGUCUGGACCAUGGAAUGGUCUUCGGUUCAGUGGGUUUCCUGAAAUGAGGCCAAACCCAGUUUUUAAAUAUGAUUUUGUGUUUAAUGAGAAGGAGAUGUAUUUUACUUUUGACCUAGUUAACAGCUCUGUUAUCACAAGGCUUGAGUUAAAUCCUAAUGGCGACCUGCAGCGUCUCGUAUGGAUUGAUCGAACACAAGGUUGGACAGUUUAUGCAACCGCCCAGAUGGAUGAUUGCGACAUUUAUGCAUUAUGUGGAGGGUAUGCCACCUGCAACAUUAACGAUUCUCCAAGAUGUGAGUGUAUGAAAGGAUUUGUGCCCAAAUUUCCAGAUGAAUGGAACAGGAUGGACUGGUCAGGUGGAUGUGACCGGAAUAUUGCACUGAAUUGUCAGAAUGGUGAUGGGUUUCUUAAGUAUUCCGGCAUCAAGCUGCCGGACACGCGAAAUUCCGAGUUUAAUAGAAGCCUGAAUCUUAAGGAAUGUGAGUCCUUGUGCUUGAGGACAUGUUCUUGCACUGCUUAUUCAAAUUUGGAUAUCAGCCGGGGAGGAAGCGGAUGCUUGCUUUGGUUUGAUAACUUGACCGAUAUCAGAGAUUUUACUGAUGAUGGACAAGAGUUCUAUGUAAGAAUGGCUGCAUCAGAAGUAGAUGCUUUUGCUAGCAGCUCCAAAAGGAAGAAACAAAGGUGGGUCAUUUCGAUCUCUGCAUCAAUUGUGGCACUGAUUCUCCUAAGCCUGCUCCUAGGCUUGUACAUUCUGAAGAAGAAGAAGAAGAAGCUAAAGAGGAAAGGGACAAUGUUAUACAAUUUGGAAGGAAGUGAAACCAAUGAGAGACAGGAGGAUCUAGACUUGCCAUUAUUUGACUUGGCUACAAUAUGUAAUGCCACCAAUAACUUUUCUAUUGACAAUAAGCUUGGACAGGGAGGUUUUGGAUCUGUUUACAAGGGUAUGUUGCAAGAUGGGAAAGAAAUAGCUGUAAAGAGAUUGUCAAAAAAUUCUAGACAAGGACUUCAUGAGUUUAAAAAUGAAGUUGUAUUUAUUUCAAGACUUCAACAUCGAAAUCUGGUGAAGCUACUUGGAUGCUAUAUACAUGGGGAAGAAAAGAUGUUGGUCUAUGAAUACAUGUUCAACAAAAGCUUGGACUUCUUUAUUUUUGAUCAAAUGAGAAGCACGACACUAGAUUGGCCUAAGCGUUUUGUCAUUAUCAAUGGUAUUGCUCGAGGGCUUCUUUAUCUUCAUCAAGAUUCAAGAUUAAGAAUAAUCCAUAGAGACCUUAAAGCAGACAAUAUCUUACUAGAUAGUGUGAUGAACCCGAAAAUUUCAGACUUUGGCAUAGCUAGAAGUUUUGGAGGCGAUGAAACCAAAGCAAGUACAAAUAGAGUGGUUGGAACAUAUGGUUACAUGUCUCCAGAGUAUGCAAUUCAUGGAGUUUACUCAAUAAAAUCAGAUGUUUUUAGCUUCGGUGUUUUGGUGUUAGAGAUUGUGAGCGGGAAGAGGAAUAGAGGAUUUCGUCACCCGGACCACGACCUUAACCUUCUUGGGCACGCAUGGACACUCUAUAUGGAAGAUAGGUAUUUAGAGUUGAUUGAUAAAUCCAUAGGGGUCACCUGCAAUCUACCUGAAGUGCUAAGGUCAAUUAAUGUGGGGCUAUUAUGUGUACAACGUUCUCCAGAUGAUCGCCCAAGCAUGUCUUCUGUGGUUCAAAUGUUAGGUAGUGAGGGUGCAUUGCCUCAGCCAAAAGAGCCUGGUUUUUUCACUGAGACAAAUAUUCACGAAGCAAAUUCUUCUUCAAGCAAACAUGCACCAUUUUCAGGAAACGAAAGUUCCCUUACAUUUUUGGAGGCUCGAUAGAAGGGAUUUCAUUUUUUAUGUCUUGUUUUAUCUCAAGAUCUCUAGCUUAUAAUCGUUGAUAAAAGUUUUGGCUAUGUGGAAGCAUUGUUACUAAUUUGUUUGAGUAAUGAAGUUGAUAGAGAAACACAAACAAUUAAAAUGAAGUUGAGUA